AUGUCAUCCUUUUACCAUCAACAAUACGUCAACUCGCCCAUUUAUGGAUAUAAUCCCAGUUCUGCUCACGGAUUAACUCCUGACGGGAUGGCAUAUCAAUCGCUACCUAUCAACUCACACACAUCAUACCAAAAUGAACAGCGUUCUGUGUGGCCCAAUCAAGCGUACCACAGCAACAGUAAUAUGAGCUUCAUGGACCAGAAGCCAAUGAGAAGUGUACGUCAAUCAGGCUCAAUUGAACCGCCAUCGUUUGGUGUCUCUCCAAACGAACUGGAAACCAAUUCCAGUCAUAUUUCUACAGAAGGUUCAACGUUUUCCAGUGGACCAAGAGCUUCACAGUACAUCACAGUGGGUACUGCUGCUGCUGCUGCCGCGGCCAAUGCACCCCUCUCGCAUAACUCUCUGCAGCCAAGCAAUCCCAGAGAUUUCACAACGGCACCUAGCAGAACCGUUUAUUUGGGUAAUAUUCCACCUACAAUUGAAGCAAGACAAUUACUAGAUCAUGUUCGCAGUGGUGUUGUGGAAAAUGUUAGAAUAUUGCGAGAGAAAAUGUGUGCAUUCGUCUCGUUUUUGGACGAAAGCUCUGCUUUGUUAUUCCAUUCCGAUGCUAUCCUUAAGCGAUUGAAGAUAGAUGGUAGAGACAUCAAAAUUGGAUGGGGUAAACCUACACCUAUCGAUCCGCUUGUCACUAGCGCGGUUGCCAACGAUAGUGCCACCCGAAACGUUUAUAUCGGUCGAUUGGAGACAGACCCACAGCAGGUGUCUGAAUUCGAUGCGUCCUCUAACGAACCCCUUGUCUCUGAGGACAAACUGAGAGAAGAUUUGGGAUGUUUUGGCGAAAUCGAAUCCGUUAAGAUAAUUGCCGACAAGGGAAUAGCAUUUGUUCAUUUUACUUCCAUUUACUGUGCCAUGAAAGCUGUUUCUAGCUUGGCGUCGGUGAACCCCUUUUAUGCCAAUAAAAAGAUAUUUUAUGGCAAGGAUAGAUGUGCUUUCAUCACUAAAACUCAACAGCAUAAUGCAGCCCAAUUCUUAGGGUUGCAACCGGGCAUGGAACAUUUGGUUCAAUACACUGAUAGAGAAUUCAUUUCAAACACACUUUUGCAACAAUCUGCAGCUGCAGCUGCAAUUGCCACAGCGGCUGGUGGGGCCAACAAUUUGGGGAAUCGUACUGUUUAUCUGGGAAAUUUACCCAAGGACGUGAGGAUUGAGGAAAUCUGUAAUGCGGUGAGAGGGGGCCUUUUGCAAAAUAUCAAGCUUCUCUCGGAUCGUCAUGUGUGUUUUGUCACUUUCAUUGAUCCAACAGCAGCGGCUCAGUUGUAUGCUAUGACUUCUCUCCACGGGCUAACGAUUCACAACAAACGGUGUAAGAUUGGCUGGGGUAAACACUCCGGUGCGUUGUCCAAUGCUUUGGCACUUGCUGUUAGUCAGGGCGCUUCAAGAAACAUUUACAUUGGUAACAUUGAUUUUGAGAAAGAUAGCAAGAGCGAACAGCCCGUUUUCGUUGAAGUUAAUUUACGCAACAUUUUCAUGGAGUUUGGGGAUGUGGAACAGAUCAAUUUCUUGCCUGAACGCAACUGCUGUUUUGUCAAUUUUACCAACAUCAGCAAUGCAAUUCUUGCCAUCGACAAAAUCAAAGCUAAUCCCAAUUUCGAAGGCCUGAAGAUAAACUUCGGUAAGGAUAGAUGUGGUAAUGUUCCACGCCAAUAUCAUUGA